AUUAAAAAAAUUGAAUGGGUAUUUAAUGGUGAAAGAAGAGAAGAAGUCGAUAAGACGAGUGAAUUACAAACGUAUGAUGUGACUUAGUAAUUACUAGAUUGUAAUUAUUUGAAGUGCACGUGUGAAUAAACUUAUGCCAUUAUUAAACGAAACGCUGUAUAGAAAUGUUAAAAUGAUGCUUUUGCUGCUAAUAACGUUAUGUGCCCUAACGUCGGGCCACGAGAUAACGCAGCUGAAGGUGCCCCUGCACGCGGACCCGCGGCGCGCGGCGGAGCUUAGCUGCCACUUCCACAUGGACGACCAGAAACUGCACUCCGUCAAGUGGUACCGCGACCUGCACGAGAUCUUCCGAUACAAUCCCUCGCAAAAGACGCAGAUCCGCUUGUUCAACGUGACCGGCGUCAUGGUGCAAGGCGGGUCAUGCGAGCAGGAGUCGUGCGUGGUGCGCGUCAUGCCGCUGCCGCAGGCCACGAGGGCGGCCUACACCUGCGAGGUCUCCACCGAGGGACCCAUGUUCCAGAUCGCCAGGCAGACCAAACACAUGACUGUUGUUGCGAUGCCGGACAAGGACCCAGUUAUAAGUGGAGCUCCGAAUCUGGUGCGGCCGGGAGAGCAGAUGCUGCUGAACUGUUCGACGGACUAUUCGCUGCCGCCCUCAGACAUUAAUUGGUACAUCGACAACGAAAUACAAAAGCCCGAGGCGUGGCAGCACACGGAGCUGAGCGCGCCGCUGGCGGGCGGGCUGCGCGCGUCGUGGCGCGUGCUGCGCGUGCGCGUGCCCGCCGCCGCCAGCGGCGCGCUGCGCGUGCGAUGCGAGUCCGUGCUGCAAGUCGACCCGCCCGUGCUGCGCGAUGCUAGCGCCACCGUCACCGUCUACUCGAGGACGCAGCUCUCUAAAUACGUUUCUAAUAAAGGUGGAAAAGCCUUCGUGAACGCAAAUACGGUAGUUGCAGUUUGGGUCUUCGCUAUAAUAUCAAGGUUUAUGAGCUUAUGAGGAUCGAUUUAAUCAUGUCAAGUGAUAUUAGAUGUAAGUGUAGAUACAUCUUUUUUCCUCGGCCUACGUUUCAAAAUUAAAAUUUAGUUCAAUGUUAAUGAAAUGUCCAUAGAAAAAAAAUACCUAAAUCAGAUGAUCAGUUAGUUACAUUUAAGGCCUCUGCACAUCGGAUGCGUAUCCGUACACGUGCACUGUGCUCGUUAAUAUACAGAUCUUUAUUGGAGAUGGCACACAGCUUGCGUGAUGCGUGCGUGCACGGCUCCAACAUCUAAGCGUAACUACGCGCACGUGCUCGUUUACGCACGCGCAGCCGGUGUCCUCUGCUCAUUAACUUAAGAAGACAAAUGAAGAUCAUAUAUACCCUCGUCAAUGCUUAUCAAACGGGAAAAUAUUUUUUGUAUAUUGUAAAUUAUAACACAAUGCUAACAAAAAUAAACUUAAAAUGUAUAAAGCACAUUUAAAUUAUAGGUACCCAAAGUGUGUAGUUUAAUCUUAGUAGAAUAAAGCAUUUAUUUCUCAAAGAUGUAAUGUUUUGUAGCUUCUCUGAGCGUUAAUUAGUUUUACUGAAGUAAGGGCACAUAAGUAGGCAUUAAUCUAAUGGCUGUGUUUUACUUAAGGUAACGUCAAUUCUUUGCACAUCUUUUAAACUAUUGUACAGUUACACAAAAUUGUUGUUUUUGUUCAAAUUAUCGUAACAUAUAAAUGGGAUACGUAAAUAAAAGUAUAAAACCUAA